CCCGAUUUUGGAUGAUUUAUCAAUUAUAUCGGCACCCACAUGAAAACAAUCUCUUCAAAGCGGUGAAGAAUGGGUUUCAAAAAACGGGAUUUUUAAUGGAUAUCAAAUGGAAGAGAAGCAAAUAUUACUAGUAGUUAUACUAGUGUUAAAUCAACUUGCUCAUGGUGAUAUUUUACGAAGAAACGGAGCAGUCGGUAAGUGCUUUUCUCCGCGUUGCCUAAUGCAGUAAUACUAUGUUGACAAGCUACAACUGCCUACAGGCCAACUUUGUUGCUUUUAUUUGACAUUUUAACUUGAAGAAUUAUAGAAUUAUUUCUUAUUUUAUUUUAUAUAAUCACAUAGGCUGUUCUCGUGUUGAAAAUCUGUGUCGAUACGAUGAAUUCUGCAACGAAGGUAUAUACGAUAUAAUUUAUAUUUAGAUUUCAAACGUUCAAAGAUCGGUGAAGUAGAACUAAAGCGGUCGGAUGUGAGGUCGGAUGCAUUUCAAAAGUUUUCCUCUUUGAAAGCCUAGUGUUUCUAACUUUGUUAUUUUAUUUUGAAAUAGUUUAUGCAAAGGAAAGUAGCAAAUUAAUUCGAGAGAUUCGAAACUGGAAUCUUUUGUAAUUUGAAACCGUGAAACGACAAGGGUUAUGAAUCUCUUCAAUACAGCGCUAAUAUUUAUAAUUUGUAUAAAAGAUCAAAAGAUCAUUUAGAAUUCUCGACUUCGUUUCUCGGUUUCUCGAGAUUAUAUUCAUUGGAUUUAUAUUCGAAUUCAUUUUCGCUCAAUUUUGGUAUCUUUUCGUAAUACUACAAUAUGAAUAUAAACGAGUAUUCAUUAUCCAAAAUUAGCUCAUGUCAUUCAAAUUUGUAAACGCUUCAUUGAAAGCGUCCAUCUGGCCUCUUCCACUUUAAUUUUUUCCCUCUCGUGGUUUACUAAAUAAAGAAUCUCUUUGUUUCGUCGAAUUUCAAGUUAUGUAUAUUUUGUGCCAAAUGAAAGUUUUAUAUUACUGUAUAAAUUGUACAAGAAUUGUAAGUUUUGGGUUCCAGUGGCAGUGUAGUAGCAGUGAACAACAUUAAUACAAGCUUUGAUUGAAGGAUCUAACUGCCUGAGCCACAAACUCCCAGAACGGUCGUCAGGCCGAAACCCCGAAUUUAUUUUUAUAGUUUUCAGGCAAUUAGAUCCUUUGACCAAGCUGGUGAUUAAAAUUGUACAAAAAAGUGACUAUUGGAUUAAAUGGAAUCUGUGUUAUGUGUGAUGUUUGUAUUGGGUGACAGUUGAAAUGGAAAUUUAUGCAGAUUACUGAGAGGAAAUUAUAUGACUUUGGAUUCUGUUCAAAUAUACUAAACUACUGAGAAUGAAUGGUUUUUUGGUCCAACAUAUUAAUUGUGUUGACUUGGCAUGGUUUGGUAAAGCCUACAUUGUCAUUAAGAGUAAUUACAAAUCUCUUUUCACUAAUUGAGUAAUUCAGUCUCAUCUUAUUGUCUAUUAUUUCAUUGAGAAAGGAAUGUGUCAGAGCUCAUGUUUAUAGGUUGCAUGGCGAUAUUGGUAUUAGAAAAAAAAAGGUGAUCGGGUGAUAGCUACUUAUUCAUAUAUCGAUACUUUUUGUGAUUAAAAUUAUUGAAAUUUCAUGCAAUAUUUUAAAAUGCCAACACUAGAAAAACAUAUGAUAUAAAUGCACCAUUUUAGUGAAUUGAGAUUUAUGAUGAAAUGUGCCUUAGUUGGACAGUAUUUUGUUAUUAAUUUCACAGUGCCCAAUACACCAUUAUUUUACUUAUUGAGAAGAAAGCAAGGCUUUCUGCCUUUCUUUUCACACACCCACACAUGCCCAUGUGAAUCUGGGUUUGCAAUUUAAACUGCAUUUAAAAUUUAAAAAAUUUAUGUGCAUCAAUAUGUCUUUAACCCAUUAAGUUGCAUUGCACCCCACUUUAUUCAUUAUUUUACUCCGUCUAACACCAGACAUUUUUAUUUACUCGUCAAGGGGAGAGCACUAACGCUCCAUGUGUUAAUAUAAGAGAAAUUAGCUAAAAUUCCCUUCAAAGUAAUGUACUUACAAAACUAGAAAGACAUUCUUAUCAAAACCAUGUCAGUACCCAAAAGCAUGCAGUGUGAAUGUACUUCCAUGCACUUUUUCAAAAUUAAAUUUCAUGUUAACCCAUCGAGUGCCAGUGCUCUGCCCUUGAUGAGUAAAAUCAUCUGGCGUUAGACAGAGUAAAAUAAUAAAGUAGGGUGCAUUAGGGCACAAUGCAACUUAAUAGGUUAACUAUAUCAUGUACAAAUGUGCAGAUAGUCUAUUUUGAAACCCAUUGAAUGCAGCACUCUCCCCUUGAGGAAUAAAAUCAUCUGACAUUAGACAGAGUAAAAUACUGUGAAUUCGGGAAAACUAUUUAAAGCGAAUAAUUAUCGCAUGUGUUGCAACAGUUGCAUUAAUUAACAAACCAUUAGGCUGCAAUGGAUUAACUUUCCAGGGCUUUUCAACUCAGAAAAUCUUGCAGAUUUUGCAAAUUUCUUUAAGUUUUGGAAUUUAACCCAUUAAAUUGCAUUAUAAUACACCUUUAUUACUGCGGAUUCGGGAAGACCGUUUAAUGUGAAUAACAAUCAACGUACCUGCCUAGAAACUUCAUACUUUACACCAGACAACUGAAAACUUGUCAGGGGAUUGUUUGAUGUUAAUAAUGGAUUUAUUUAACCAAUCUGGCAAUGUCUCUUAUUCACACAUCAAGCAGCAGUGCGCCCCAUUGUAUUAUUUUACUCUAGCUACCACAUUAUUGUACCUAUAUCCAAGGGGAGAUUAAUAUUGUUAAUUAUUAAGGGAUUACACUAGUAAAUAACUGUUUCUUGAAAUUCACAUGUGUGUUCACACAAAAGUAAACUUUUAUUUCUGUGCUUAUAAUGGGCAGUGGCAGAUGUCACUGGAGAAACAUUAUUUCCUUAAGUUUCUGAAAUAUGACUGAUUAGCUAUUAAGUAAGCACUUGAGUAGGUUUUUUCAACUGUGAAUGCCUGAUAUCCUUAAAAUUAACUAAGCAGAACUAAAUUACUGUUUGCAAAGAGGUUUCAGGUAUGAAAUUUCCAGUCUUACCAAAAAGUGGGAAUACAUGUAUAUUGGCAACCAAAAUAUACUGUAUGCGCCAUCAAUUUUUAUCUGCCAUUGUUCACAGGGAGCAAUCAUCCAAAUAUAUUAUUCAAAGUUUUGAUACUACAGUCAUGCCAAUAGAAGCGUUCCGAAAAAUGUUGACCAAUACAAUUUGAUAAGUUCCUUAAAAAGUUCCUAACUUCCUGUUUCAUUGACCAAUCAAAUUUUAAUUUUGAGCAAUCUGAUUGGUCAAUGAAACAGGAAGUUAGGAACUUUUUAAGGAACUUAUCAAAUUGUUGAGGAUUAAUUGCUCAGAGGUGUUCCUUCAAGUUAGGAAAUGAAUUGGUCAACAUUUUUCAGAACACUUCUAUUGGCACGCCUGUAAAUUGAAAUUGUUCUGAGUUUCCGUUAUUUUGUAUUUGAUCAACCAAUUAUAGGUAUAUAAAUUUCUUUCCAUCUGAAAUUUGUAGAAAGGUUGGAAUAUGUUUGCAACCUAAAUUUUCAAUCCCAAUACGCCAAUAAGUGUCUGGCACUAGUUUUAUUAGUGAUUAUAUUCAAAAAUGAUAAAAAGUCUAUAAAUGAAUGGUAUAAAUUUAAUGAACAAUUGAAUUUAUACAAUGUACUAUUAAUUUUUUUACACCAUGACCAAAGUGUUAAUAUUAUUUUACCUCAUUCCUGAAUCGUAAGUAAUUAUAAUGAUGGGGAAAACUUUAUGAAUUAUGUGCUGAUGUUUUAUCUGCUAAAAGGUAUAUAUUAACAUAUAGAGCUCUUUUAUUGUGAGAAACUAUGCCUAUGGGAAAAUAUAAUAAAAAAUAAUCACCAGUUAAAAGAUAAGUGGCUGAUUAAUUGUACAUUUGAUGUUUAUGUGGAAGAUUUUGAAACAGAUAUUUUUGCUAGAACUAGUGAGUACAAUCGUUGAUAAAACCCUUUGGACAGUAGGGCAUCUGGCACCUGCUCAACUACCCCUAGGCCUAGCCUGCAUCACAGACACUACCCCGUGCCCCCUUUAAAAUUUUGUUUUAUCGCAUUGUAUCAUAUAAAAUAGACUGUGCAAUACGUUCUUAAUGAAAACAUGAUGUCAUACAGCAACAUUGCUUAGGGGGGGGGGAGAAGUAUAUUCUAUGAGAAGUAUAGGGCUGUUUAUGAAUCUUACUUUUUUUAAUCCUGAAUUUUUGACAAUGUUUUUCAAAUUGCCCGAACAUGUUUUGUCAAUGAUUGUAGUCCAAGGCCAAGCUUUUAAUUUUGGGUUUGCGCACUAUAUUUUCAUUGAAUUAUUAAAGAAUGUAGAUAAGAAAGAUAUAUUUGUCAGAAAUAGUGUGUUGCUAAUUGCCUUAAUUUGACAUUAGUGUGUUUUAAAUGAGCUAUAUCUGGCAUAUGCCUGUACAGACUAAUAUAUGACUGAUUGUACAGAAUGCUUGGUAUAUUUAUAUCUUCUGACUUUUUUGGCACAAGAAGUGUGAAACCGCUGUAGAAUUAUUCAUUUUUUUAAUUCUUUUCGUUCAUUUCUUGAUAUUCAGUCUGAAGCUUAGUCCAAUCACUAUUCUCCUUUUUGGCUUUAAUUAGCCUUUCUCACGAUGACGAAUAUCCGCCAAUGCAGACAAUUAAAACAAUGUGAAAAGCAAUUUUUCAAAAUAAACUAACCAUUUACAAAGUAAAUUUACCAUGAUUCUUCCAAAAAAUUAUAAAAAGUCGCUGUUAUGUGGACUUAUCGCGCAGACUUCGGCUGAAAAGCCAGCCAAAAAUGGCGGCGUGAGAAAGGCUAAUUCUGUUUCCCGCUAUCAAAAUAAACGUUUUGCAAAUAACUGCAAUUUAUUUUCUUUGACUUUGUUAUGUUACAGUAAAAGCAAACUGUGUAUGUACAAUGCAACUGGAUAAAAUCUGUAAAAGAUGUUAUUUUUUCAUUAUUUGGGAUCAUGAUCAUUGACAUUGUGUGGGAUUGUAGAGUCAAAUUAGUUUAGCUUGUCUUAUCUGUGGUAAUGGUUAUUCAAAAGCCGAUUAUGUUAUAAUCCCAACCAAAAUAGGCCAAAGUUUCCAACUGACAAACACAUUGCAGACUUUCAGCCGCCUUGCUUACUGGAAUUUUCCAUAAUUACGGGUAACUCUUAACUUUACUCUUCAGGUCGAGAUGUCCGGUGGGCAUUGCCAAUUACCAGAAAAAUGACUAUGUCAAAUUUUGGCAAACUAGGAUUAUAUGCAAGCUGGGAGGGAUAUACGGUCCUGUAAUUAACUAAUUAUAUAUAUUUAUUUUGGGAAAGUGAGAUACUCUAAUUAAGUAUGUGAGAAAGUGGAUAUUUUAGAUUAUUGUGGAAAGUGAGAAAGUGGAUAUUUUAAUUAAGUAUGUAUGCGAAUCGUUUUGUCGAUUCAAUUAAAAAAAGGUCACGGACGUUGGCGGACAGUGACUGUAGUAUAGGACUCUAAAUAUUUAAAGAGUCAAGUCCGUUCUGCUCAUGCGCGUGUUUUGUUUACAUUUUUUGUUUCAAACAAUAGAUAAUUUAAUUAAAAUUCCGAUCUGUGGGCCCACAAGUUAGCUCAUUACGCAUUCAGAAUAUAUCACGAAGGAAAAAUUGAACUACUAAAGCAAAAAUUUAGCCCCAAAAUAACAAAUUUUAAAUCGAAAACGCUAAGAAGCACUUCUUACAGAGGUAUGGACAAAAUUUGAUUGAAAUUUGUACACAUUUAGCUCCAAAACGACAAAUUUAAGAUUGAAAAUGUUAAUAAACACAUCUUUGUACAAAGAUAUGGCGUUUGAUACAAUUGAUCACAAGAUUCUGAUAAGGAAAUUGGAACAUUAUGGUAUCAAAGGAGUGGCCAAAGAUUAGUGUGAAAAUUAUUUAUACAAUAGAAAACAAAUGGUGAAAUAUAAUGGAGUACAAUCUGAGGAAGUGACUAUUAGAAGCGGUGUCCCCCAGGGAUGUCCCUUAUUUCUUUUAUACAUAAAUUAUAUCCAAUACUGCAGUGAACUGAUUUCUAUUGUAUUGUUUGCGGAUGACACAAACAUUCUUUAUAGUCAUACGUGUCUUAAAAAAUUGAAUGAAAUUUUUCAAGUUGAAAUUAAUAAAAUUGCAGAUUGGCUGAAUGCAAAUAAGUUAUCUAUUAAUACAGAAAAAACUAAAUUUAUUCUUUUUAGAACAAAAAAUAAGAAACCUAAUUAUUCCAUAAACAUUUCGAUCAAUAAUAACAAUAUAAAACAAGUUAAAAACACCACAUUUCUGGGAAUUGUUAUUGAUGAAUUUUUGACAUGGUGUAAUCACUUGGAUUUGAUUACCAAAAAAAUUAUUAAAUGUGCGGCAAUUAUUUCCAGGAUUCGACAUUUCACAAACUUAAAUUCCUUAAAACUAAUAUAUUAUGCUUUGGUCUAUCCAUAUUUAACUUAUGGUAAUUUUAUCUGGGGUAACACCUGUAAAUCUCGUAUUCAAAAGUUAGUGAAUAUUCAAAAAAAAUUGUUAGAUUAAUGACCUUCAAAUCUUAUUUUGAUCAUUCUGAACCAAUUUUUAAUGAAUUACAAAUAGUCAAUCUACACAAAAUUAAUGAUUAUUUAACAAGUUUAUUCAUGUUCCGAUAUUUCCAUCUACAAAAUCUACCAGAAUUAUUCACAAGUUAUUUCUUUACUAAUAAGGAAAAUCACAACACAAGAAAUUCUUCAUUGCUACACAAAAAGUCCAGUAGAACCAACUAUGCAUAACAUACUCUUGCUAAGGGACCGCUCAUUAUUUAUUGUACAGGGGGGGGGAUUGAGGAGAAACUGGGGGGCCUUUAAAUUUUUUCAAACCUGAAAGGGGGGGCUUUGAAAAAAUACAGAGAGACGAAAGAAGGGGGGCUUUGAAAAGAUUUACCAGUUUGAAAAAACAGUAUAGUUUUAAAAAUGUAUCACAAAACAACUUAACAACAAAUAACAAUGUUUAUAUACCUUUAAUAUUCAUAAAUGGAAGCCAAAUAAAAAGUCUCUUAUGUUCAUGUAUUAAAAUAGACAAUUUCCAUUAUAGACUAAUUUUAGAACUAGGCAAAGAGAUGCAAAUCAAGGCCGGAUUUUGGUGAAAAUAGUAGGGGAGGUGGAAAAAAAUUUUAGGGGAGGUGCAGCGGUCUAGCUUGCAACCCCCAUGGAAAGUUAGGGCUUAUUGUAGAACAGGCCAAUAUCAACGAGGUGAGGUAUGCUUGUAGUGUACAUAUGUACCAGUGUAUUAUUAAAUUAUGACUGUAUGACUCCAAUCUCGCCCUUCAUUACAAUUGCUACAAAGUUUCUUUCAAAACAUUGCAUUAAAAGAGUACUUGACACAGAGAUGAAUGGCUAUCACUGUUUCAAUUUUACAGAGAAAACUUUCUUACGUCACGAAUUCUAGAUCCUAAGCAACCAUCACAUUUUCACUUUGUUCCAUCAUUGAAACUUUCCCAAGGGGCCAAGGGGAGGUGCAUGAACUUUCAGGAGGUGCAAAAAUUCUCAGGGGAGGUGCAAAACGAUCUCAGGGGAGGUGCAAAACGAUCUCAGGGGAGGUGCGCACCUCUCCACACUUCCCCUCAAAAUCCGGCCUUGAUGCAAAUAAAUCACCACAGCUAGAAAGAGCAUACUAAAAUAAGUAAAUUAUUGCAAAGUUUGGUUGCGAAAUGUUGUAAAAUACGGAAAAUAUAGCCUUGCAAAGGUUGCAAAUUUUGUAUACUUUUGUAUACAAAAUUUGCAAACUUUGGAAGGCUAUUUUUUCUACAUUUUACUAAUUUUUGUUAAGAUAAAAAAUUAGUCUAUAAUGGGAAUUGUCUAUUGGUCCCCAUUAUCUAUUUUUGUUUCUCUAAAUAAAAAGCUAGAGAGUUUUUGUUUCUCUAAAUAAAGAUAAAAAGCUAGAGGGGGGAACCAAAAUUUAUGUUCUUGUUUUGCCUGUGGGGGGAGGGGGGGGGCUUUGAAAAUUUUACUUGUCUUAAGAGGGGGGCAACGAAAAAAUAUUAUAACUGUAGAGUUUUUCCUCAGUCUUCCCCUGUACAAUAAAUAAUGAGCAGUCCCUAAUAAAGGUAUAGAAGUAUGGAAUAAUCUUUCUGAACAAUAUGAAAAACAAAGGUCUUAUGAUUCCUUCAAAAAAAUGAUCAAAAACUACUUCUCACAGCUAGAUUGAUAUACAACAUGUUAUAUUCCUGUAAUAAUAUACAAUAUCAAAAUUGUAUUGUAAAUAUACAUCCUAACUAUUUUUAUAUAUUAUUAAUAUAUCCUUUGACUUUGUAUUUUCUUUAAAAAAAAUAUUCAAACUGACAUUAUAUUAAUUAUUAAUUAUUUUUAAUUCAUAAUCUAGGGGCCUAAAAUAAAAGCCAUAUGGUUUCUAGUAGGCUCCUAGCCCACAUUUGUAAAUAUUAAAUAGCACUAUAUUAUCAUCUCAUGUAAUGUUUUGGGCAAACUUAAUUUUUUAAAAAAAUGGAUAAAAUUUGUACAAAUUGCAGUCAAAUUUUGUCCAGACCUCUGCAAGAAGUGCUUCUUAGCAUUUUUCAUUUAAAUUAAAUGAUAAAUUAUUCGUGAUAUAUUCUGAAUGCGUAAUGAGCUAACUUGUGGGCCCACAGAUCGGAAUUUUAAUUAAAUUAUCUAUUGUUUGAAACAAAAAUGUAAACAAAACACGUGCAUGAGCAGAACGGACUUGACAGCCUCUUUAACGAACAUAAAUUGAAUAACAAGCCCACGCAUCUUCGAUCUCGAAAUUCACUUGAGUCUGUUGCAGAAAGUAUGUAGUUUAUGAAUAUUUUCUCGGUGAAGAAUUGGUUGUUUAAUUAAUAGACCGAUUCGAGAAUAGCUGUCAUUCUUUUCUUUUUCCAAAUUUAAUUUCAACCAAGGUAAUCAUUGCUGCCUUAUAGAAACUUCAAGACUAACAGUUAUACAAAGUAUAAAUAUAAUACCAUGUAUUUUCUUGAAGAAAUUAAAUAUUAAAAAUACCGAAGUUUAUGCUAAAUUUAGGAACAAGCCUGACUAGCCUCGUAACUAUAAUUUUCGGUAUCUACUGACUACUGUAUAGGUAGCAACGUUUUGGAAAAUCGUCCCCGCGUAUCCCGCGUUGAAUGAUAGGAAUACCGUGCAAAUAUUUUAAAAAAAUUAUUCUUUUCAGCUGAGUUUUAUCCGUAUGGAAAAUGCAAGAGAAUCAUUUUCAAGAAAGCCUUAGGACAUAUCACUGGAAAACGUAAGUUCUAAUACAUACUGCAGCAUUGUGUCAAUACUAGUGGGACAUAAUUGACUUGACGCAGACCUGGUGUUUCCUUCAACAUUAUUCAAACGUACAUCUUUUCUUUCAUUAGGGUUCAAGCACAAUGAAAAUGGCGUUGGCAAACCAAGUAGAGGCAGCCAUAUUGGCCAAAAUGAUUUCUUAGACAGUAACAAGUAUGACAUGACGUACUUUGAGAACGAUGGCUCCACGAAGAAUGUUCCUUCCAGUGAGCGUACUCCUGAAAAUAAUCGAGACGAGAUCCUGCGCAGUCAUGAUAGAGAUAUAACUUAUAGAAAUGAAUAUGAAUCUAAGCCCAAUCAACGUGAUUUUGACUCAGAGUUUGUACAAGAUCAGGAUGAAAAACAAAUGUCUAAGAAUCGAGCAGCUUUCGGCAAUAAUCAAGAUGAUUUAUACGAAAGUGGUAAAUAUGAUAUGACACACUUUGGCAAAAACGAUGUUGAUGCUUUGUCACAUGAGGAAAAAUCUGGCAAAGAUAUUAUGAAUAAGAAUCAGGAUCAAAUAUCCUCAGAUAGAAAUUUAGAUAGGUCAUACAGAAGUGGUGAAGGAUCAGGCCGUAUUGGUGAAGAAAUUUUACAUCACCUUGAGAGGAAGCGGACAUCUAAACAUGGCAAAGUAGGUGGAGACGGCUUGCCUCCUAUUGGCAUUCCUAAUUUGGCCAUACCAGACGAAGUACACUUCGAACACAAGCAAACUAGGAAUUUAGGCGAGAUUAGUGGUGGCAAGGACGAUUCAGGAAGUAGCAAGAGAAAUCAGCUACCGAAGAACGAUGAAUCUCUAGAUCUAGACAUCGAGAUUAAACCACUUACUGUAUCUGAUAGCAAGUAUUUUGAUGAAGAUAAAUCAAAGCUUAGUUCUAUACCUAAAAAGCCAAACAGGGAUUCAGAAGUCAUUCAAAAAAUUGAACAUGUUCGAACAAAUAUUGUUAGUAAAUCUGCAUCGAAGAAAACAAAAGUUGGCGUCCUUGUCGGUGGUAAAUUGGACCAAGCUAAGGCAGAUAUUGUUCAAAACAACAGUCCUGAUCCUACGUAUGAUAAGGUAAAGGAUUUCUUUAAAAGUCAACAAGUCAGUUCUAUCGUUGAUGCACCGCUGGCGGAGAAGAAAGAACCAGUGAAAUUAUAUAAUAUACCACAUGAGGAAAACGUGGAUGUCAAACGGAGCUCUAUACCCAAGCCUAUCAUCCAUCCUGAUCGUAUCAGAUUGGAUCUAAAAGAAAGGUAAGCAAAGUAAAGGUAAACUAGCUUUAUGCCAAUUUUUAGUAUUUUACCAUUUACAAUAGUUAACUUCAAAUAUGGAAACCAAAGGGUAAACGGAAAGCACCUGGGCGUCCGUUGAUUCUUCUCUGCAGACCUGGAAAUAUAUAUAGAGGAUGGACCCUGGAGGCCUUGUUCCAAGAAACGUUUUGGUUCCUUGUACAGCUUCACAACAGCCUAAAGUUGGAAAUUCAACUGAAUGGAUUUUGCUUUAGCGCUACACAUAAGGAAUUAUGGUUAAUGGAGUUAAUCUAUUGAAAUAUAUACACUGCAACAACCUGGUUUUCAAAGAAAUUAGUUGGUCAUUAUAGCAUAGGAAUUAUUUCAAGGUCUGGCUUUUCUGUGGUGCUGCCAAGAUUUCCAGAGAAACAAUUCGUACAGUACAGUAAUUAUCUUUCUGUCGUGUAUGACUGAAAGUUUAAACAUUGUGCCUCAGAUAAAUCUUUACUAGCAGUGUCUAUAUAUGGUGUAUGCUUCAGGAGGUGCAUGUCGGUAGUUUACAGAAAUUUUAUUUCCUUGAUGUAAUUUUAUAAUCGAUUUUCUAAAUUAUUCAGUACAGCGUGGAGCAUCCUAGCAACCGACUAUAAUAGUUUAAUUAAUUUGUUCUUGCAGCUGUAAGUCUGCCAUAAUAUUAAUAUCAGCUGUGAAUAAAACACUCUGAUAUCGCUCUUUUUUACGCCGUGUAUCUGGUUUUUUUACGUAUACAGGUUAAACCCGGACAGAGCCAGUGAUUUGUUGGAUGCUCUUCAAGAUUUGCUAUGGGGAGAUGACGAAAGCCGCCAAGAUGCGUUCACUUCAAUAGCGUAAGUUAUCAGAUUAUUUUUCAAAUAAAGAGAUUCUUGCCAUUGUUAUAUCUGUGAUAUCUUCUGGCAGCUGGGUAUUGUUGUUCUACGAGAUUUGUACAAAGUCAAAAACAUAAAUAUAUGUACAGUGAAAAGCAGACAUACCGUAUUUAAAUUUAUAUACGUUUUUAAAUAUAAGUCGUUUUGAAUGCCAACAUCAUAGGCAAUAAAACAGAUUAUUAAAAAGGUGCGACUCCUUUUCAUCAAAUUAGUAUUUUGAAAAGUUGUGCUGCAUGCAGUGAAGCGGUCGUGUAAAAUGUAGUUUGUACCACCACUGUCAUAAAACAGAUAGGAUUAAUGUCGCUGUUCUAGAUUGUACGGCUAUACAUGAACAUUGUCAUUGAUUUAAAUUAAAAUAUUAAAAUAUCGGAUACAAUCUACUCGCAAAUCGAAGUCCUUCGAAUCCUUUAGAACUCAGUUGCCUUACGAUACAAUUGGAAUUUGGUAUAUUAGAUGCACGACCCAAAAAUAUUGUUUUACUGCUGAUCAUAAAUAAUCAAGCUGGUCUGCCCCUCUGCUUCUGGACUGGAUUUGAUCAUUUGGUUGCUAUACAGCAUAUAUAAUUGUAAAGUAAUAAUAUAUAAUGUCAUGAAUCGCCAUUUGCAUCCAUAGCAACGUUGUUCUUGGAAACAAAAUUGGGCUGUAGUGAUUACGGAUUACUGAUUGCACUAUUAUGUAUUAAUGGUAGGGAUACUCCACAAUGGAAAGACUGGUUCCAGAGAUGUUAGAAAAAAGUAGAUUAAAGAUAAAGAGCAGAGCCCAGCAAAUAACUAUAAAACCAAACAUAAUAAAAGUAAAAAACGUAUUAGCUAACGUUUCGUUGUUUACAAUACAACAUCUUCAGAGCAAUCUAAUGAAACGUUAGCUAAUAAUUUUUUUACUUUUAUUAUGUUUGGUUUUAAAGUUAUUUGCUGGGGCUCUGCUCUUUAUCUUUAAACUAAGACUUCCGUCUGGUGUAUCAAUUGCCACAGUUUUAAAGAAGUAGAUUAAUUUAGGUAUAUCAUUCCCUUUCAGGACUGAUGAGAACACAGUGUUAUUCCACCUGCUUAAUAACACAACAACCAACAGAGUGAAACCUUCGCAUGUUGUGCAGAGGAUCAAUAAAGGUAGAACUUUUGAAUUGUACAGCUUGUAUUACUGAUCUCAUAGCUAGUGCAGAGAUUAAUACACUUUUCUACUACUGGUGUACGACAAUAAAAACUCAAUCAUCAGUUGAGUCUUGAAACUCAAUCUUUCUCCGUAAUUAUAUUUUGCGGAAUAUAUAUGCUUUGAGGAAAUUGGCAAAUGGGAAUAAUUAUAAUUGUAAAAGGAAGAAAGUACUUGCAUUGAUCGUUGUACUGUAUAUUCUUCAACACGCUGUUAAAAAUCUGUUUUAAAACCGUUGUAUUUUUCUCAAAAGUGCAGUCUGAAGGCGAAAGAUGUUAUUUCGUAGAGACAAAUGAAGAAUUUACCGGGGGUGGGGGGUUUGAGGAGAAGUAGGGUAGAGUUCUCUUUCUAAAACUCAAUCUUCUUUCGUAAAAACAUUAGUAGACUAAGGCUGCGUUUACACUAUGACGCUACGGCAAAUUUACCGUAGUGUAGUGAUUUGCAUCCGGAGUGCCAACGUAGUGGUCCGUAAUUAAUACGCUAUGGCAAACCACUCCGUUAUAGUGUAAACACAAUACUAAGAAACUUAGUGAAUUUUUAACGAAAUUAAUUUGUAUCCAGAGUGGUAAAUGUUGUGGUCCGCAGUUAGUACGCUACGGCGAACCACUCCGUUAUAUAGUGUAAACACAAUAUAUAUAGUCUCAAUACCAGAAACGUAGUAAAUUUUUAACAGAGUGUUAGCCGUAGCGUCAUAGCGUAAACGCGGCCUAAAAUGCUUAUAUUAAUCCUUGAUAGUGGGCAGUUGUAUGUUAACUUCGAUCCUUUUGUUGUGUUUGCUGUUCCUGAUGCUUUUUGUUGUACAGAAAAUGCAGGGCGAUACAUGAGUGGCGUUUAAACCCGGCCGGAAAAUGUACGAGGCACAAUUGAAAAGCCGCACAGCAUAUUACAGUAUAUACCAUACGCGUGUCUUACAUUUUUCAGAAAGGGCCCGUCUGGCACUCUGCCCCAAUUUCCCAGGAACACCACUGGGGGAAAAGGGCCAGUGAUGCAUUUUUUAUUGGUAAUAAGCAUUCACUACCUUCUUGCGUACUUCACAUCGGAGGUGAAACGGACUAAUUGAGCAUUAACGUUUUUUUCGAACAUGUCCAAAUUAUUAGUUGAAUAUUUAUCGUAUUUUUUCGUUUUAUCAUUUAUCUUUUCCUCCAUUAUCGAGCUGUUGUAGAGCCCGUUAAGUAAUAUUUUCGUCAAAUGAAGCAUGCAGCUUUUUAACCAAUUUUUAAGCAUAUACUGUUAUAGAUAAAUUUGACUGUUGUAUACUUAUGCUUGACUGUUAUAGAUAAUUCAGUAAAAGACGGUCUCAAGAAAGCUGUUGGUGUAACUGUCUUGUCUGCAUCACUUGAGUCGAAGGUACGUAUCGUGCACUGACAUGGAAAUAGAACUGGAUACGAUUGACUAUAUUUUGUGUAAUGAAUGAAGCCGGAAUUCAGUCAUUACUAGAAGGGACCAGUUGAUGACCGUUAUAACGUAGAAAUGUAUUGCUUGAGCCUUGAGAUGGUUUGCAUGUUAUGUUUACCGCACGAGAAGCAGUGUUGUAUUCAUCAAUUGUUGUAGAGAGCUUUUGGUGAAUCUAGUACGCGAACGACUGAAAAAACACACGCUAAACUCACAGUGUUAGCAACAGGAGUAAAAACAACGAAUUAUUUUUGUCAACAAAGACGGAUACUGGUGAAAAACAAAUUUAAACUAGUAACAAAUUCAAAAGUAAAACAUAAGUAACUGUUUUUCGUCAUGUCCGCGUCCUAGAUUAAGGACAUCUUCCCUAUAAUAUAAUCAAUACAGCACGCCGCGAGCGAAUCAACUCGUAUGCAAACUAGUUACAGUACAAACAGGCGUGGUUGUAACAGAAGAAACAACUAGUGUGUGGAACUAAUUACCAAAUAUUCAUUAUUUAUCUAUCUGGGGUUUACUUAGGGUAUAUAUACAUGUGACAUUAUCUUUGAAAUUUGAUUGGGCGCAAAGCUCGUUAAUUAUUCGUGAAGUUCACACGAUAAAAUAUAUAGUCAUCUGCAUGGUAAACUAAAUGUUUGAGGACAUUUUAAAAAGAAAUCGAUUCAUUUCUCCUGGAUCAAAUUUGGUUCAUUAGUAAUAACGGAAUUAUAAUGUGUUAGAAUACUUGGUGUUCUGCACUAGUGAGGUAUUGGUUGCGCUCUCCAGUCUUCUUCUAGAUUUCGGAUAAUAAAUUACUGCAUGUGCUUCUCAGAUAAUAAAGUACCUUUAUUAACUAUUGCAAGAAAUUUAAGAAGUUAUAUUUACAUGCAAAAAAUCAUUUUUGGUUAAGGUAUAUCUAGUCUGUUUUGCUGCAUGACAUGUACUCCCGUCCCUUUUGUUUGGACUUACAUGUUACCGCAUAUCAUUUUAUCGAUAGGAAGGUGAAAAGGUACAAAACGGAGACGACGAUCAUAACUUCAUAAUGACUACUCUGAUUGUAGCUGGUUGUGUCUCUGCCAUCUUGUUGGUAUCUGUGUGCAUCUUUAUCAUUCUUAGAAGGUAUUGUUGUUACUAAGAUUCUUCCAGUCAUUUGGUCUUAGCGCGACAAAAAGCUUGUGGCAUUUCGUAAAACAUAACUCCAUGACUCCAUUUGAUAAAGCAUAUAUUCUUUAACGUUUUCCAGAACAAGUAGUAGAGACUAUCCCAGAUGGGUUCCUAAGCAAGCAGGGCAAGAGGCGGCUUCGGACUAUCAGGUAGGGUGUACAUGUCAGGUGACAUAUAGAGAGAGAGUAGUAUCGAUUUAACCAAAAUGUGAAUUAUUUACUGAUGCUGCAUAAGUGAAGUAAUUUUACAAUGCACGAAGUGAAAAUUUUAGUCUGGGAAUUCUCGCCUUCUGAAUGUGCUUAAAUUUUAAUAUCCCUGCUUAAAGGCCCUGUCACAUUGACAACUAUUGCGUAUGAGAGAAACGUAUGAGAAGCAUAUGAAAAUUAAUGAAAUAAUUUUCAUACGCACAAAAAUCCUUUGAAAUGCCAGCGUAUAAGUACCACAUCUGGCGUACCUCUAGCGUAUUCAGCGUGUGCCUAGAGUAUGCUAUCGUAUAAAGCAUACGUCCGGUACGCACAAGAUUUUUGAGCAUGCUUAAAAAAAUUUUCUGCCUCGCCGUAUGCCAGCGUAUGCAACCGUGCUUGAAACGUAUACAACCUAUGCCUAACGUACCCCUAGCGUAUGUCAGCGUAUACCGGCGUAUGAGUGAUAUUUUUCAUACGCUGGCAUUUUGCUUACGUUGUUCGAUUUUUCUUUGGAUCCAGUUAUAUCAGUAUAUACCAAUAAAUUGUUUGGUGCAAAUCAUAUAUGUAUUCGAUAGCAUUGCAUACGGUAGCAGAUACAGGGAAUGGGAAUUAGCCUUUCUCACGAUGGCGAAUAUCCGCCAUUUUUGGGUGGCAUCAAAUUUUCAUUAUCCAAUGCAGGCAAUUAAAACAAUGUGAAAAGCAAUUUUUCAAAAUGAACUAACCAUUUACAAAGCAAAAUUACCAUCAUUCGUCCAAAAAAUUAUAAAAAGUCGCUGUUAUGUGGACUUAUCGCACAGACUUCGGCUGAAAAGCCACCCAAAAAUGGUGGUGUGAGAAAGGCUAAUUGGAUGCCAUCAGUUGUACCGAUUCGUAAAUGACAAGUGGGGGAUCAAAUGACAAAUUUCAAAGACUUUUUGUAACAUACCGGAAACAUUGGUUUUGCUCGAGUAACUGCAUCCACAACAACAAGAUAUGGUGCUCACAGAAUGACGAAAGAUAUAACAAAAACUGUUUGUUCGGAAAGAAAUGUUAAAGAUUGGACUUAAACACGUCUAGUUGCAUAUCUUGUUGUUUCUUAUGGAUGUUAUUCAGGUAAAACAUUAGGGACAUUGAUUAUAUUUUCGUGUUACUGUUGUAUAGUGUAUGUAGUGUAUAUUGUUAUUGUUCUUAACCUUAGAGAUAUAUAAGUGUACAAUACACAUUCAAUAUCAUCUCCGUCGCUCGCUAUAUAUUUGAUUGUUGACUUUGUUUAUGUUACGUUGUAUAAAAUUUGUUCUUUUGAAAAAUUUCGCUUUUGUUUUUUCUGUCUUGAACUAUUUUACUGUUAAUGUCAUACCGAAACAAAACGAGAAUAAUUAUAGAUCAGAGUAUGGCUUGAUCUUGUGUAGAAUAUAGUCGUAAGUGGGGUUUUUUAUUCCCAUUUCAAAACAUUGAGUUCCCUUGUGUGUGUAUGUGUGGCAUACGUUCAUGAAAGAGCGGGUAAAUUCGUAUUUAAGACUACUAGAUUGGUAAUGCCAAUGGAAACAUAAGUCUGUAAAUAAUGACGUGUUAACAAUAUAUGCAUGCAUAAAUAUAAGUUACAUGGUAAUAAUUAAUUAUCAGGAUUACUACAUCAUUACGGUCUUCAAGUGUUUAAACCAUAUUUAGACGCUACAGAGUUAUCAUUCCCACACUCCUGAGAACAACAAGCAAUGCUGUCGUCACUCGCAUCUUGCGACAAUACUAGCCGGCCUAACCUUUCUACAGUAGUCCCUAGUUCCGGUAGACUCACUACAAUUAUAGGUGUCUUUAUACGCUUCCAUGACAUGGGUGUGUAUACUUACUUUUUGCUCCCCUCUCUGGGGGAAAGUCUGGGAGGAAGAAAAAAGCGAGGGAGGAGUGGAAAGUUGAAGGAAUGAAGACCUGAGGGAAGAAAAGAAUAAGGGAAAAUGGGAAAAUGGACAAUACUAAUAAAUACCACUAGUAAUCAUGUUCUUGUAUAUUCGCAGAGUUUAUGGCGCCAGCUGCGACAAGCGACCUGGGAUUCUCCCAUCCAGACCACUUCCGUUAGUCAUUCUGAUGAUGGUUCUCAAAAAGGUGCACCUGCCCAGAAGGGGACACCACCAAAAUAUUCUUGGUAAGAUAUUAUUUUCCUAUUAAAUUUAAAGACUAAAUAAAUUAGACUAUCUCUAGCGCCCAUUAAAUCAUGGGGAAUUCCUUAUUGGCCGGGUCUAGUGUUACUGUUGGAGAAAACCAGAAUACACUCAGAGAAUCUAAGGUGCUUGAUAGAGUCGAGACAAAAUUAUAAUAAGAAAACUAUAAACCGCAGAAGUCGAACUCCAUUCAUCUAGUAGCUCAACAAUCAUCGGUAUCUGUGGUGGUGGCACCUUCAUACUCAAAGUGGGACAACCUAUCAUCAUCAGAACUGCUAUAUGUUUACUGUAGUUUAUAUUUAACAUGCCACAUACUUUACAGGAGCGAAGAACCUGUCGACACCAAGAUGGAUAUAUCUACAGGACAUGUUGUAUUGGUAAGUUAAACCUAAGUAUUUUUGGACGAAUAUUGGUUCACUUUAAAAUAAAUGACAUAAUACCUUAAGAACUCGCACGAAUAUUUCACACUGGCAUAGUAUAAAAAAUCUCGAAAUAACUGGAGGUUCUCCACAAUCCAAGCAUGCGUAAUUCUCCUGUAUCAGUGUUGUUGAAGUUUCCGUGGAUAUCAUGCAUGUGCGUAAUUUGGUCACUCGUUUGUUAAUAUAGGCAUACAUGGAGGAUCAUCUCAAGAAUGAAAACAGACUUUCGAGAGAAUGGGAGGUAUGGAGUCACUUAUAGUUUAUAUCAACCACAGCAGUCAGCAUGCCUUUGAUCAUACAAAUUAAACUACAAAAUCCUGAACUGGUACAAUUCUCCCAAACUAGGGGUGAGGGGGUUUGGGGAACACUACUGGGGACUACUUAGGAGAACUGUACCUUAUUCAGAUAUAAUGAAAUUUAUUCAGACGUAAUUAUUCAGAUAUAAUGAAAUUUAUUCAGACGUCAUUAUUCAGAUAUAAUGAAAUUAAUUCAGAUAUAAGAGAACUUUCAGAUAGAGGAAAUUUAUUUAGAUAUAAGAGAAUUUUCAGUACUUUGUCCCCUCGUCCAUUUUUACACCACUGUUAAAAUUGGUGUGGGCAGCUCCACUUCGCUCAAACAGCGAUCAUUAACAAUAUUAACAAUACUUAAGGUAAAUUUUCACCCUCUUGCAGGAUUUGAGUGUGUACGAAGCUGAACCAGAUCGCACUGAUGUUGGUAAAGAUCCCAAAAAUAGCAAGAAAAACAGAUACAGCGAUGUAUUGCCAUGUAAGAUCACUAUAUUAGGAACCCAUAAACAAUGUAGUCACUUUUUGAGGCUAAAUAAUAUAAACCAUCGUUUCAUUUAUACCGCCUUCUUUUAUCCCUUCACAACAAGUCACAUGUUUGCUGAUUAGAUUUUCAAAUUUGCUUGGACGUCAACCAUAGUUUGGUAUACUCUUAUAUUUUACUUUAGAUGAUCACAACAGAGUCAAACUUCGAGAUACUUCAAAUGCCACUGGAUUAGAUUACAUCAAUGCGAGUUAUAUAGUAAGUUCAUGAAAUCAUUUUCAUAUUCGACGGAUAGGUUGAAUUUUGUCCAGUCAACAGUAUAUGGUUUUAUUUUCCCAGGAUAACAAUUUCAGUAUUAUAAUUUUGAGAAAAUUAUAGAUGAACUUGUGGUUAGAGCUCGACAACUGGACUCUAUAGCUCAGUUGGUUAGAGCACUGGCCGCAGGUUCGAUUUCUGGCCUAUAGUUGCAUUUUUCGAAGCUGCUCCUGGUUAGGUCUUAAUAAAUGUAUGAAAUUGACACUCGAAUUUUCAGGAACAAAAUCCUUCAAUUUGGACUUACCAUUUAUACGUCGGACUCGAACGACAAAUGCGAGUUUGCUUCUGCGGAAACAUAAAAAUUUCCAAACUGUUUUCCCAUUCGUCGUAGCCUGAUUUCGUCUCGUUCGUAGCCUGAUUUCGUCUCAUCGAGUGAGAUGCCCAAUAACAUCCCUAUAAUUUUGAGAGACCACAAAGUUGUGUAACCGGAAGUGUAACUACAAUGAGACAUUGUAACCCUUGGCUAGACACACACAUCGGCAUACCUGCUGAGGUCUGGUAUAUUGUGUGGUAAAUUUAACCACCUUUUUAUCUGCUCUCACAUUAGUAUCUGACAUGCAUGCUUUUUUACUUCAGAUCGAUGAUGAUCCACGCAAUCCGGCUUAUAUAGCGACGCAAGGUCCUUUGGCAAGUACCGUGGCAGAUUUCUGGCAGGCAAGUUUCUUCUUGAACAGCGUUGAUUUGGAUGGCGUUAUGUUAUUCAUCCAUGUGUGUCAAUAUACAGGGUGUAUAAAAAAAACUGAACAGAUUUGAAAUUGCUCUCAAUUUCGCAAAACAGCUAUUAUUAUUCAGUUUUUGAUAUAUACAGUUUCUUUGGGUACUUAUAAUGUAGAAAAGUGAAAAAAAAUUCUCGAACUCAAAUUUUGUGAACCAGGGUGGGUCUUUUCCAAGAAACAAAAAAUGGCUCGCGCACGAAAUUUAAAAGCUUUAAUCAUAUUUUAAGUUAAUAGAUGGAAAAUGUGUUGGGUUUUUAAUUACUGUACAACUUUCAGACAAUUUGCUUUUGUUUAAGCCCUUUAACUAUUCGCGUAAAUAGUUAAAGGGCUUAAACUAAAGCAAAUUGUCUGAAAUUUUGUACAGUAAUUAAAAACCCUACACAAAUGUUCCAUCUAUUAACUCAAAAUAUGAUUAAAGCUUUUAAAUUUCGUGCGCAAGCCAUUUUUAGUUUGUUGGAAAAGACGCACCCCCCUGGUUCACAAAUUUUGAGUUCGAGAAUUUUUUUUCAUUUUUCUACAUUAUAAGUACCCAAAGAAGCUAUAUACAUCAAAAACUGGAUACUAAUAGCUGUUUUGCGAAAUUGAGAGCAAAUUCAUAUCUGUUUUUUUUAUACACCCUGUAUUUAGUCGAUUCAACAUAAGGACGCCUAUAAGGGCUGGUUUACACUAUCAAAGUUUCUGUGAUCACAAUAGGAAUUUUGCAUCUAGCCAAUUCUACGUUUUGCAAGAAAUGUUUGUGGGAGUUGACUCAGUCAUGUUUAACACUGUGUUAGUUCCAUCAAACUUUUCUUACAAAUACUUUAAAACGUAGAAUUUGCCUAUGCAAAAUUCCUGCUGUGAUCACAGAGUCAGAAACUUUGAUAGUGUACACCAACCUUAACUAAAGUUGUUUAGAGAAAAUCAAAGCUCUUUUAAUUUCCACUCAUACAAAAGCCAAUUAGCAACUGGCAAGCUCGCUACGAGUGCUUGCAUCUAAUUGAAAUAAACUGUCGGGCAUUGUGAUUGAAUGAAAACACUCGCAACGAGCUUGCGAAUUCACUUUUACAAUGAAUGGAAAAGAGACUUCAGACGAACUUAUAGCUCGAACUUGUUCAAACAUAUACAGCGACGAGAGCAGCAGAAAUGUAUACAAAACGGGUUACGUCCGACAUUUGGCCAGUCUACUUUCCUAAUGGCGUCAACUUUAUUUCUUCCAUAGAUGGUCUGGGAACAAGGUGUUGUGGUUAUUGUCAUGUUGACUAAGUUGGCUGAUCUAGGACUGGUAAGUAGGAAAAUUUUGUGAAGCUACGUGUACACAUCAGGCCAAUUUUAUAUCCACUUUAACGAGAAAAAUCCUGAAAAAUGCGUCAUUAUCAAAAACAGAUAUUUCAUUUUUCAUAAAAUUCAAUGAUGAAACGUCGAAUUAACAUUCUAAUCCACCGAGCCUGUUAAGUUCUGUUGUCUUCUAAUGUAGCGAUACAAGACAUUGCAUAUAGACUUAUCCGAGUUUGACGUCGAAAUAAUAAUAUUCACCCAGUGUGAUUUAUUUGUGUUUCUCUAAAUUAUAGCCUCAGUGCCAUAGAUACUGGCCUCAGAAAGGACACGAGGUGUAUCACAUUUAUCAAGUAAGUUGGUUUUUCUAUUGCCAAAUUGCACUGAGCAAACGGUCACUAGGGCCGUAGCGACGAGGGUAGAAUCUAAAGUUUGUUCGUUCACUGCAACCAGGUAUAUCAAUCAUGUUUCGUUCGCUACUUUGGUUUAAAUAAAUUAUUACAAAGCCCAGUCGAAUUGUAAUCAAGACCCAACGUUUCGACACUCCAGUCUAGUAAUCGAUAUUGUGCUGACUUAUUUUGUGUUACUUAUUUUCAGGUGCAUUUAAUAUCAGAACAUAUCUGGUGUAGUGAUUAUCUAGUUAGGAGUUUCUAUCUCAAAAAUGUGCAGGUAUAAUAAUUUUUGUUGACGUUAUUUCCACACCGGGCAAGCUGAAACAUUGGCGGGAAUCGAAACCGCGACUUUUGGCUUGAUAGUCCAAGAGCCAAUCAGCUAACACAUGCAUGAUCAACGGGUACUAGCUUAUGUAUAGAAGACCCACAGUCUCUCACUUGAUUCCUUGUACGUAGUACAAUUCUGCAGUGGUAGAUUUAUGUAGGGGGGUGUGUACCUGUUGUAUGGUCAACAGGGGUGUGCAGGGGGUUGCAAAAAAAUAAAUUUAUAUCUUAACUGUUUGAGGUAUUCAAAGUUUUUUAUCAGUCUUAGACUAAUUUAAGUUUUGGAAUUCAACGCAGCACCACAGUACUAGUUCAAAAUACCAAUAAGUCCUUUGAUUGAAUGAAGCAAAUUCUUAAUUUUGCUGGAAACGUCUAACAUUAAAGUAUUUGAUAAUGAAGAGAAUCUGGGAUUUAUAUUAUAUAUAAUUAAUUAUUAAAUUAUAUUUAUUCAACAUAUCUGUGAAUUGUAACCGAGAAACUACUAUGUGAACUUUCAUGACAGUACGCUAGCUGUUAGCCAGCGCUGGGUUCGGUGUGCUUGGCGAGCAGCCCAGCACCCCCCUAAAAAACCUUCCUGGAUCCACCACUGUAAUUCUGUACGAUUAUUAUUUCUGUACAGUCUAUACAUGGUUACGGACGUUGCCGGCAAAUUCAAAUUUUUGGUUAAUGUCAGCAUGGGAAAAAGGCCUCCAGUAACCACGAAUUUAAUUUGCACAUUGUGAAUGGCAACGAUCAAAAACUUGCGAUUAGGUUUAGUGUGGUAAUUUUCUAUAAAAUACGUACUAUAUUGUGCUUUCCGUUUCGGAUUUCCUAAGCAUUGGAUUUUUUCUGUGCACUUAGACUGGCGAGACGAGAACCGUUACCCAGUUUCAUUACUUGACUUGGCCUCAUCUUGGAAUACCAUUUUCUUCAAAACCGCUUUUGGAUUUUAGAAGGUACGAUCCAAAUAAUGAAACUAGUUUACCGUUGUUUUUUGUCUGCAUGCGCAUUUGUAAUUAUUUGUUUGUUAAAGUUUGUAUUUCUUUGUUUAUCUGCCUGACUGCAUAUUGUUUUUUUGUGUGUAUGUUUUAUCCUAUUCUUGGGUUUCACUACGGCAUUAUACAGUGAAUCUGACGGGGAGUCAACCUCAAAUGUAUUGAUGCUUAUGCUGUACUGGAGUGAGAAAAUGAUACGAAAUUCCAUGUAUUUGUCACUAAACACAAGGCUAAUACAUAAAACAAGCAAUCGACUCACUCUUAUAACUGUGUUUUGUUUUAUAACUGUGUUUUGUUUUAUAACUGUGUUUUGUUUUAUAACUGUUUUGUUUUAGAGUUGCCCCCCCCCCCGCGUCACUUUUGUGACGUCAUAUGAAAUCCAAGAAUUGCCAUAAAUAUUUCGUAUAAAUUGUGCUUGUUGGCAGUGUUUUGUAACUGCAUGACAAUGUUAUUCAUUACAAAAUUGUUUCGUGAACGAUUGCUACCCUCGUCAGGAAAAUGUUGCGUACAAACUUCAUGAUGUAAUCACGUAUUUACGAGAUUGCCGUCUAUUUCUAGGAAAGUUCUUAAAUGUUUCCGAAGUCAUUCUUGCCCAGUGGUUGUACACUGUAGUGGUGGUAUCGACAGAACUGGUACAUACAUUCUUAUUGAUAUGGUACUCAGUAAGAUGUCAAGAGGUAAGCUACAAUUAAUCAAGGCCAGACAGAAUUUGGCCGGACUCUCGUGUGAUUUUGCAAAUUAACUUUCAAAUACAGUAUAUGAAACUUAUCUUUACAUGCAUUUCCCCUUUUCCUACGUUGCUUCUCGUUAUGAUGUACACUUGGUAUUUAAUGGCAGGGGAUCCAACAUUGGGGGUACAUAGGCAAAAGACCUUUGGAAAGUACGUCACCUUGGCAUAGCUUCGCCUUCGUGGUAGGUCGACGUUUUAUGGCCAACUUAGGUAAUAUACUUUCCAGAAGGGUAGCAACACCGUCAGAGUUCUAGUGGAAAAGUCAUUCAUACUGUACAUGGGUCAAAGAUAUUAAAAUUACACGAGUAUACUAAAGACGAGUGCAAGUUUGAAUUCCCAAGAAAAAAAGUUAUUUAACAUAUUUUCUUCUCUAGGAACAAAAGAAAUCGAUAUUGCCGCAACUUUAGAACAUUUACGAGAUCAAAGACCUCAAAUGGUUAAAACCAAGGUUGGUGUUUAAUUUUUGUUCUCUAUGUUGGUGCGUCGAUAUCAAAUGUAUGGCGAUCUUCAAAUAAUGUACCUAUUACAUGCAUAUAGCUUUCCACAAAGCAAAAUAUUUUUAGCCUUUUCUUCAGUAAAAUCAAAUGUUGUUUUCUAUAGGCUCAAUUCGAGUUUGCAUUGGCCUCCGUCGCUGAAGAAGUGAAUGCCAUUCUUCAGGUCCUGACGAAACAUUAGACGCAGAUCAAACCUGGCGUUGAUAGAAUCGUCAAAAAUUAUAAUUCUAUUGAUGUGAUGAAAAUGAAGUGAUGUAAAUCAAGAUAACGGUGUUAUUCUUGUGUACAUGUAAUGAUAUACAAGAAACUGUUUAUUUUCUGAUUUCUGAACACGUCAAAGUCUGUUUAAAAAGAAAUGAUAAUUAGCCUUGAAGCAUCACAAAAACCUAUAUUCAUGAACUCGCUAGGAAAGUUUACCUGAACGUCUAAUAAGAACAAGCUAGCCGAUUGCCAUUCGUGCAUUCUGAUUGGUUGCAACUUCGUGCUACUAGGUUGCGAACUGGUUGUUUUAACAGACUUCGAAAUGUUUGGAAAUCAAAUGAUCAAUGAAUUUUAAGUGUAUUUUAGAACAUCAAAUAACGGACAACAACGAGGAACGUUUUAAAUAUCCGUCAAUCAGAGAUUAGCCUGUGGUCAGUAUUUCCUGUUUUCUUAUCUUUGAGCGUUAAUUUUAAUUCCCUUCAAAUUCAAGUAGCGCACUCUUUCCGUUUCAAGCUCAUUAGGUGGAGAUUAAAAAUUUUAUUCUUGAAAAAUCAAAUUACAACGUGUGAGUGAAUUUCAUGACAUUUACAUAUAUUAAGAUGAUGUAAAAUUUAUACUGUAGCAAAAGCUGCGCCAUAACUAUUUGAUGACAAUCUCUAUAUAAAAUGGUAUUUCACGUGGUGAACUACGAGCCCUCCUCAAACCCAACUUUCCCCAUAUGUAAUAUUACUGAUUUGAUUGGUCGUUUGCAAAAGAUGGCACAUUGAUUCUACGUUAACGCGAACACACUGCUAAUUGAGUUUGACAAGAGUCAAGAUCUUCAACGAUGCCCUAUAGGCUAUAUGGCUAUAAAGAACCUGCGUUAUGGUAACACCGCGGUCAUGCAUAUACGUCCGUGUAUUGACUACUUCUACUGGAAAUAGUAUUGUCUUCACGAAGCUCUAAAUCAGUAUAACUUCUUGUCACAAUUAAGAUGAUGAGGUGGAAUUCCCGCACUUAUAGCUUUAGGCGUUUCCUUAUAUAGACGUAAAUGAUGUUCUCGUAUUAAACUCCUAUUAUUUUGACAGACAUUUUCCCCGCAUUUUCGCGUGUCCCUUACGGUAGGUUCUUUCUGUUCUUUUUUCACAUUUUUUCAAAUGUUUUCCUUAGUGUUCCGUUCUGCAUGGCAAUGUUUGAAAGGUAAUGGACGAGAAGGAGGUUUUCAAGGUAGUUCAAAAUGUAAACUCAGAGUUUGCUUAGUUUAGGGUUAUUGUUAGGAUUAGGUUUAGGGUAAGUUUUAGGGCAAGGUUUAGGAUUGCUAUAAGUGCUGGGCUGUCGAUUCUUUCGCGUUUCAACGAUCUUGAAAAAUAGCCGCCAUCUUCAAAACCUCCCUCUCGUCCAUCUCGUAUAGCUGUAACCUGCGAUGAGCCAAUUUUGAGAUCAACAGGCCUGCCACCUGUUGCUUUUGGGGGUUGGGGACACUUUCAAACAGUUGACGCAGAAGUGUUUCGUAUAUUAUGUAAAGCCGAUCCGAGUCUACUCAAUCACGUUCGAUAGACCCUUAACAAAUUUGGUUGUCAUGACUAAAUCAGUAAGUGCAACACCGAAUCGAAUGACUAUUUUUUGCAAACGAUCAAUAUGUAACUGUUAUGUUACUAUUAAUGAUUAUUAUUAAAUAAGUAGUAUAUAACCAACUAAAUCCAAUGAUGAUUAUUAAAAUACUCGGGCCCGUUUCAGACGGCGUACCUUUCACAUGUACCUAACUUAGUUGUUUUAGAUGCGACGCUGGAGCGAUACAAGAACGGCAGUGACUCGAGCGGCGUACAAAAUUUGUUAUUGACAAUGUUUAUUAACAAUUACAAUUACUCGGUUUGGAACAUGAGUAGAGCGGCUAAUGAAUCGAUGUCGCUCCAACGUUUGCAUAACUCGACAAGCUCUAGCUGCCAAACUUGUGUCGAACAUUUGUCGCUCCAAAUUCUGCCGUAUACUUAAUUGUGCAUAUGUCGCUCUGCUGCCCAAUCUCGUACCCAGCCAUACCUAAUUCGUCAUUAAGUUUGGCACGUGAAAAGUACACGCCGUCUGAAACGGGCCUUAGAACGUACAUUUGUAAUAUGUAUUGUAUAUAUCUGUGACACUAUAAAAUUCUGAAUACCAUGCUACUAUGUAAAAUUGUGUGGAAAUAUAUCGAAUUAAAACUAUGUAU